AUGUCCAAUGAUAGCAUGAUGACCCUCAAUCUUCUCUUGAUUGGAAGAACACAGAGUGGGAAAAGUGCCUCAGGAAACACUCUUUUAGGCAGCAUCGACUUUGCCAGUUGCCUGUCUCUGCGUUCGGUGACCACAUCUUGCAGUCUAGGCCGCAGCUGUCACAUUUCGGGUCUUGCACGCCGGAGUGGUAGUCAACUAACACUGCAGGUGCAGGUACUGGACACUCCUGGAUAUCCUCACAGUAGCUUGAGCAAAGAGCAGGUGUGUCAAGAGGUGAAAAGUGCUCUAGCUCAGUGCUUCGGAGAGAAAGGCCUGCAUCUGGCACUUUUGGUCCUCAGAGCUGACGUCCCACUUUGUGAAGAGGAAUAUGACCAUACAACCCAGUUAGUCCAGGAACUGCUGGGUCCUAAAUGGAAGGAUUAUACUGCUAUCUUAUUUACUCAUGCAGAUCGGGUUGAAAAGGCCAAGUUCAACACAGAAGAAUACUUGCACUCUGCCUCAGAUACACUACAAAAACUCAUGGAGUCUGUACAGCAAAAAUACAUUUUUAUAGAUAACCAUGCAACCAUACUGAAAGAGGAAAACCGAAGAGCUCUGAGAAAAAUUAUGGCAUUUCUAAGACAAAACAAUUACCAAACAAUUGUAUUCAGAUAG